GGGCGUGGCGGCAGGUGAGUGAACGCGGCCGAGGUCCUCCUUCUCGCGCAUGCACGCCGCGGGGCCCCACCUCUUCCCUCCUGACCCGAACUCUCCGCCUCGGCAACCCGCGCGGUCGGGAGGUCCCAGCCCGGAGGGAUCCCGCCCAUGCUUUCGCCCACCUCCCCUCGAUAUUCGAAUCCACGCGUGUCCGUGCAUCGCUGUGGGUGGAAAGGCUGCCGCAGGAGCCGGAGCCAUCCAGCUCCGCCGGCCCUUCCAGCCCUUCCAGCAAGUCUGCAGGUCCGGUUUCCGCAACCUGGACUUAAGUGGCGUUGAGUUCGAGCCCACUUUCCCCCAAAGACAAGAUUGAACUACACUAAGAAACUUCGCACUCCACGUUGCCUGCACCGUAGUGACCAGGAGGUAAACUUUGGGAUGUGCACAUAAUGAUGGACAGCAAGGACUUAGAAGCCGAAAUCCACCCCUUGAAGAACGAAGACAGGAAAUUGCAGGAGAAUCAGGAAAACCUCGCGAAAAAAGAAGAUAACUUGAGAAGCACGCCUGUGCAGUCCCGCCUCUCCCGAUGCCGGACGGCAGUGUUUUUCCUCUCGCUGUUUAUCUGCCUCUUGGUGGUGUUUGUGAUUUCCUUCAUCAUCCCGUGUCCCGAGCGACCAGCGUCACAGGGGUCAUGGAGGAUCGAUUACAACACGACAGUCACCUAUGACUUUCUGGCCAUGGAAGAUAUAAACAGGGACAGGGUCCAAGACGUCCUCUUUCUUUAUAAAAGUACCAACAGCAGCAAUGACUUCAACCAGUCCUGCGCCGAUGAAGGCUUCUCCUCUCCCUGUACCUUCAUGGCCGCUGUGUCAGGGGCAAACGGCAGCAUCCUCUGGGAGAGGCCCACAGCCCAGGAUGUGGCCCUCGUGGAAUGUGCCGUCCCCCAGCCGAGGGACAGCGGGGCAUCUUCCGCCUGCAUCGUUGUAGGCAGACGUGGUUCUUCCAUUGCAGUCGACUCAUUUACAGGGCAGACACUCUGGAACCAUCCCAGCAGCCUUGGAGGGAACGCUUCCAUCCUGAGCCCUUUACUCCAGGUGCCCGACCUCAAUGCCGACGGGGCCCCAGACCUGCUGGUCCUCACCCAGGACGGAAAGGAGGUUCACGGCUACAUCUAUUCAGGCAGCACUGGGCACCAGAUUGGCCAUCAAGGCAGCCUUGGUGUGGACGAGACCAGCGGCUCCCUCCUCCAUGUCACCAGAGCAGGCGCCCACUACAUCCUUUUCCCCUGCGCAAGUUCCCUCUGUGGCCAGUCUGUGAAAGGCCUCUAUGAGAAGGUGACCGGGAGAGACAGCACAUUAAGGAGAGACCCCGGCUGGGAGGACAUGCUCAACACCACCGCCCACAGGCUGCUUUUGCACAGCUCUGGAGCCAUCCGCUACCUGAUGAACGUUCCCGGGAAAGGCGGUGAGGACCUCCUCUUGGUAACUUCAGAAGCCUGUAUGUUGCUGGACGGGCAGGAGCUGUCACCCAAGUGGACCUUCAGUGCAGCCCAGAUCCUCAGGAAACCCAUCCUUGGCCACUACAAACCCGACACCUUGGCCGUGGUCAUUGAAAAUGGAACUGGCAUUGACAGACAGAUCCUGCUCCUGGACCUCAGCACCGGGGCCGUGCUAUGGAGCCAGGCCCUCCCAGGCCUCGCUGGGGACCCUCAGUCCGCCAGCCUGCCGACCGCAGACCACCGCUCAGCCUUCUUCUUCUGGGGCUUCCACGAGCUGAUUGGGGCCACCCAGAUGGAGCCCAGGGACCCCCAGCACAGCCUGUACCUGUUCCAUCCCACCCUGCCAGGUAUCCUGCUCGAGCUGACCAACAUCUCUGCCAACAUGGUUGCUUUCCAAGUGGCCCUGUUUGAGCCUGGCCGCCACGCCGCCUGCAUCCUCCUCACGGGCCCAGCCAGCCCCGACCAACCCGGCCUGGUCUCCAUGGCCAAACACAAGGUGCAGGACCUUGUCCUGAGUAGCAGGGUGGUCCGCCUGGCCGAUGGCGGCCCCGACGAUGACCAGGCCAUCCGGGUUCGCCUCUCCCGCUUGCGGUACCGGAGUGAGACUUAGACAAGCAGCGGCCAGACCAUGUGGGAAAGGCUCCAGCGGCUGAAAUUAAAUGUCCUGGGAAGUUGGUCCUUCACUUACUUUGUCUGUACACUGACUCUCCACUCCUGAGCCGGGUGAUGCUCUUCAGGGGAGUCCCCUUAGUACCCAGGGACAUUUCGUGGGUGAAGGGACACCCAGGCCUCUCUCCUUUCCUGUCCAGCACACUGUGUCCUCACUCUGCCCCACUGGGGUCACACUCAAGGUCAGCUGCCUUCACGGUGGUCUUCUGUGGGAAGAGCCCAAGCCCUCCUGCAGAAGCCUCCUCCCCUUUUCCUGUCUGCAUCCUUCUCUGCACCCUCUCUGGGGUCAUGGAGCUCAGCGGGUAUUGGGCCCUGGGGUGACCUCAGGACAGCAGCUGGGACCUGACGCAGUUCCAGACCCCAGCCCUUCCCAGAGCGAGGAGGGGACGACUCUAGCAUGGUUGAUGGCGACUUGCCCUGGGAAGCCCCUUUGACCAGGCCCACGAUGAAUGAGGCUUGUAGGACCGGAUAAGUGGGGCUGCUCAUGGACGUUCUAACGGGGGCUCACACCUCUGUGCUGGCUGCUUUUGCUGUGAAUGUGCCAAGGAACGGGCCAUAGGACACACACUGGGGUCAUUUUGCACCCUCUCGACACACACUGGAGCCACUCGUCCCUCGGGAGUCCCUGCACCCCUGGAUGUGGCCAGCGCCCCCCUUCCUGGUGCUCACAUGCCCCAGUAGUUGGUGUCACCUGAUGCAGGACUCACCUCUGUGCCUUGUUGCACCCCAGGGCCACUGCGGUGCACCAUGAGGCCAAGCUGUGCCCAAACCAAAAAAUAAAAGCCAGAUAACCCUGGGUUCCACAAGAAGAAACCAGAAUAAAUGACUUUUGCACUGUUGGAAAAA